AAAAAGAUGACAUGGGGAAGCCCAAGGCAAAAAGUGCUACGGUGUGCGGCUUCCCAAUUAGUAUCUUUUUCAUCGUGGUCAAUGAGUUCUGCGAGCGUUUCUCAUAUUAUGGCAUGCGAGCUGUGCUGGUGCUGUACUUUAAGUACUUCCUGAGGUGGGAUGAUGACUUUGCCACGACGAUCUACCACACCUUUGCUGCCCUGUGCUACCUAACCCCAAUCCUGGGCGCCAUUGUGGCCGAUUCAUGGCUCGGCAAGUUCAAAACUAUUGUGUAUCUGUCCAUUGUGUACGCACUGGGGCAGGUGGUCCUGGCUGUCAGCGCCAUCCAUGACAUCACAGACGCCAACAGGGACGGCAACCCGGAUGACAUGACUUUCCACAUAGUUCUCGCCAUGGUUGGCUUGCUUCUUAUUGCCUUGGGAACAGGAGGCAUCAAACCCUGUGUGUCAGCCUUUGGUGGAGACCAGUUUGAAGACCACCAGGAGAAGCAGAGAAGCACUUUCUUCUCCAUCUUCUACCUCUCCAUCAAUGCAGGCAGUUUGCUGUCCACUGUCAUUACCCCCAUUCUCAGAGCUCAGGAGUGUGGAAUCCACAGCCAGCAGAAGUGCUAUCCGUUGGCUUUUGGAGUCCCUGCAGCCCUCAUGGUGGUUGCUCUGAUUGUAUUCAUCAUUGGAAGUGGAAUGUACAACAAAGCUGCUCCUCAGGGUAACAUCAUGGUCAAAGUCUGCAAAUGCAUUUGGUUUGCUAUUAACAACCGCUUCAGGCAUCGUGGUCCACACUACCCUAAAAGAGCGCACUGGAUGGACUGGGCUGAAGAGAAAUAUGAUAAACUCCUGAUCGCACAGGUGAAGAUGGUGCUGAAGGUGUUGUUCCUCUAUAUCCCGCUGCCAAUGUUCUGGGCUCUCUUUGACCAGCAGGGAUCCAGAUGGACCCUCCAGGCGACUACCAUGAACGGUGACUUUGGAAUCCUGAUAAUCCAGCCAGACCAGAUGCAGACGGUCAACCCCAUCCUGAUCCUGAUUUUGGUGCCAGUCGUCGACAGUGUAGUCUACCCGCUCAUCGCCAAGUGCAAUUUAAACUUCACUCCGUUGAGGAAGAUGACCGUUGGGAUGUUCUUUGCUGCUCUGGCGUUUGUUUCCGCAGCCCUUGUUCAGAUCCAGAUUGAUCAAACCUUACCCACCUUCCCAUCAAGCAGCGUGAGCCAAGUCAAGUUCCUCAACAUGCUGAACAAGCCACUGGAGUUCAAGGCUGGGUCACAGUCGCUUCAAUUAAGCGCGUUCACGGCCAGCAAUGACUACCUGACCUUCGAUGAGCCGUUUGCUCUGGAACUGGGCCCUGGUGCCGUUUACCCGAUCAGUUUAGCUGAUGGAUCCCGGAAUACUGUGGUCAUCAUGCAGGACGGGCCCCAGCCCCGGCCUCUAGAGUUUGAAGACCUCAAAGUCAAGCCGGAAGAGGGAGCUAAUGCAAUAAGGUUCUUCAACAGCCUCGACUCAGUUUUGAAUAUAACCGUUGGCAAUCUGGACUUCAAUGGGGUUUGGGCUUCCAACAUGUCAAAAUAUGUUGCAGUGCCACAGGGGAAUGCACAGUUCCUGAUCAAGAACAGUUCAGGAGGGGAAUGUGUCUACAACCAGCAACUUGGCUUUGGAAGUUCUUACACCUUGGUCAUCCCGCCAACUUUUGUGUUUGGACCAAAUUGUGAACAAGACAUCCGUGUAGUAAUGGACAUCAGUCCAAACUCCAUCCACAUGGCUUGGCAGAUUCCUCAGUACUUCCUCAUCACAGCAGGAGAGGUGGUCUUUUCUGUUACGGGCCUGGAAUUCUCCUACUCACAGGCACCCAGCAACAUGAAGUCGGUGCUGCAGGCAGGUUGGCUGUUAACCGUUGCCUUCGGUAACAUCAUUGUGCUCAUUGUUGCUGAGGCUGCAACACUUCCGGAUCAGUGGGCCGAGUACAUUCUCUUUGCGUCCCUGCUGGUGGCCGUGUGCAUCAUCUUUGCCUUCGUAGCCUACUUCUACACGUACAUUGACCCAGCCAAGAUUGAAGCUCAGUUCAGUGAGAUGGAACCCGAUGACAAAUGGAAGAAGGAGGCUGGGAAGGACUGGGUCGAGCGUCGUAAUGAAGAAAGGAGAAGUUCUGUUUCCAGCUCGGAUGAGGAGAAAGAAGUUGCACAGACCAGGAUGUAG